AUGCUGUCUACAACAUUGGCUCCCAUCUCAACCACUGACGGCUGUGUAUGCGUCUGUCCGACCACCGCACCCGUUACCAUCAGCACCACACAAAGACCUACUACUAUCCAUCCCACUACUGCCCGGCCACUGACUACCCGGCCCACCACUAGACGCCCAACAACUACACCGAAACCAGGUUUCCAGUGCCCCGUAGAGGACAUCAUACGCACCCUAUGCUUAGGCCCUAAGGACUGUCUCUACCCUAACCCGGAUGGCUGCGACACAUACAUCCACUGCACGGUUAACUACGGCAGUCGCUCCGGUACUCCAGUGGUAAAGCCCUGUCCCGAUGGCCUGUUGUGGAACAAUAAUGUCAAGGAGUGUGACUACCCUUCCAGAACUACCUGUCCACGAGGCUACGAGCUGUUUGGUGGCGCGCUCACUGUUUGA